AUGACUGAUAACGAUACAAGUAGAGGCGAUAAUCCUUGCUUGCCAAUACUACGGAACCGUCUUCAACAAGUGCUACAUCAAAGCACUGUGCGUGCUUCACUUUGCUCUCAAGUGCUGAGAUCAUGGUUCCAUCCUGAAAUAGUUCAUCAUUUAGGACAACAAAAUUUGGUUGAAAAAUACAUUGUUCUCGAUAUCUCACCUGUUAGCAUAUAUUGA